AUUGGACAAUCUACUAAUUUCUUCUCUUUGAUUGGAUCAAAUUCUUCUUCAAAUAUUCCCAUUGGGUGGGAGGAGGGUGAUUGACACAUGACGGUCAUGAUGGUCGCAAAAUGUAAAUUUUAGAUAUUUUCGUCACGCGAAAUGAAAGUUUGAAGAAACUUUAUUCUUUUGUUUUAUUUUUAAUCUCCUUUCGUGUUAGAAAAUAACCUCCGUAGCGACCCAUAUAGAUUUGACUUGCUUUCUGUUCUUAGACUCCUUAUAUUUUUGAAAAUUUAUUAAAAUAUUUAGCUGUUGCGUGGCCAAAGGCAACCCAAGCCCGAUAAGAAGUUAAUGUAAUAUAAAACUACAAAGUUUGAAAAAAGUUUUACACUCAUGUAUGAUUAUAUUGAUGAUUUUCCAUAAUUUUUCUUGCCGCGUGACUCAAAAAUAGGUUAUUGCGUUACUAACAAAAUCACGCGCGCAUUCAUUAUUUAUGCAUAUCUGAAAGCGAUAUAACGCCAGUAAACAGAGUAGCUACACAUUCAGCUUAUAAUUUCACGAACUACGCGCUAAUUUCACUAAGAAAAAUGUCUAUAAAUAGGAAGAAGUCGGAAAAUCUAACAAGAUUUGCGCUUAGUGGGCUAUCGAACAUGUGUGGAGCCACAACAACAAAUCCAAUUGAUGUCAUCAAAAUCCGCAUGCAGUUGGACAACGAGCUUGGAGCUCGACAUGGGAGUAAAAACAUUUUCAAAAAUCGUUACUACAAUGGUUUUAAUCUGAAUGGGGGAAUACGGAUUCUUAAGGAAGAGGGCGUGCGUGGAUUAUAUAAGGGGCUUUUCCCUUCUUUAUUGCGCGAGUCAUCCUACAGUACGAUACGUCUUGGUGCUUACGAGCCUCUGAAGGUUGCCCUUGGUGCCACUGAUCCUGCCCAUACUCCACUGUGGAAGAAAAUCACCUCUGGUGCUAUAUCUGGUACCAUCGGAAGCGCAAUCGCUACCCCAACUGAUUUAGUAAAAGUAAGAUUUCAAGCUGUAGGCCCUGGUAAAGAAUCAAGAUAUCGAAAUACGUUCCAUGCGUUUGCAACGAUUUUAAGACAAGAGGGUGUACGGGGAUUAUGGACGGGCGUUGGUCCUACUGUUCAGCGUGCUGCUAUAUUAACAGCAACGCAGAUUCCUUCAUACGAUCAUACCAAACAUACCUUGAUUAAUAAUCACAUUAUGAAAGAAGGUCCACCACUUCAUGUGGUGUCGUCGUUCACGGCUGGUUUUGUUACUGCGUGCACGACCUCUCCUGUCGAUGUGGUGAAAACACGUGUCAUGAACCAAGCAAAAGAUAACUUGGGGCGACCAACUGUUUAUAAGAAUUCACUUGACUGUAUCUUGAAGAUCAUGAAACACGAAGGUGUCUUUGGACUUUAUAAAGGGUUCAUACCGAAUUGGAUGAGGAUAGGACCGCACACUGUAGUGACGUUUUUUGUUUUUGAACAGCUGAGAAAAUUUGUAGGAAUGCGCCCCGUAUAGCGCGGAUUUCAUUCAUUUAUAAUUUUUUCAAUAUAUUUAACUUUUGUUUGUUCCGAUUAUAUUUAAGAGUAAUUCGAUUCUUGCGCAAACCGCGUCAUGCAGGGCAGRGAAAUCUCACUCCUUCAGAAAAAUAACGGGAUUUGCUGUGCAUUUUAUUAGUUCAAUUUAAAAGACACUAAUCUUAUAACGCCAUCCUCAUUUAUAAGCUAUCAAAAGAUAUCUCUCCAGAAGGGGUGGGUAGAAGAGUUUAGGUGAGCGACAGAGUAUUGAAUGGCUGUUUCAGCUGAAAAUGGUGCAAUGCAAUGUAAAUAUAAGACCAUGUACAUACUAAAAUGACUAAUGUAUUAAAAGCUAA